UGGUCAAGUUUGGAGCCACCGAGCAGGAAGAGAAGAAGAGGAGAAGGCUGAAGGCGCUCAGUGAGGGGAGAGAUCUGGGGAAGACAACAUCUCACGCAGCCAGCCCGCGGCUCCCCGCCUCCGCUCCCUCCCGGGCUCGCUCGCUCUCUUCCCCCUUCCCCUGCGCUCCCUUCUCCGGCGACAUCUCUCUCCAUCCCUCUUUCUCCCUUCCCUUGCAGACUCCACUCCAGAUCUGCGCUGCUACCUGCAAACUUUUUUUCCUUUCCCGUUUUUUUUUUUUUUCCUUCCUCUCUUUUUCUUUUUGGAGUGGAUUCCCCUAAAACCAGCAAACAACUAACUGCUGCUUUUGCGUCGUCUUCAUCCCGCGGGUCCUUCGCCCAUCGGAGAGGCGAUGCUACGAGGGUUUUAACUCCUUUCGGCCGCAACUUGGGAGACAGCUCUAUUCCCCCCCCCUCCCCAUUUUGGUCUUUUUUUUUCUUCUUCUUUUUUAAAGACCUGCCCUUUUAGUUUCGCAGCCAAACGCUCUUAGUGCCGGGUGUUUAGAGUUUAAUGAGUGGCAAUGUGUAGCAAAGCGAUCCUAGCACUCCUGGUCUAUGGCAUAAUUAUGCACUGCAGCGUCUACUGCUCACCUGCGGCCGGACUUCAGUACCCGGCGCUCAGGCUGGAGGAUGAAGUCUACGACGAGGACGGGAACACCCUGCAGGACUUCGCGUAUGACCACGAGCCCCUCGGUAUAGCGAAUCCGUCCUCCAUGAUCGGCGAGAUGUACACCUUGUAUUACCCACCGGAAAAGAGGCACGCCGAUGGGAUCUUCAACAAAGCCUACAGGAAACUCCUGGGCCAGUUAUCCGCCAGGAAAUAUCUGCACUCCCUGAUGGCCAAGCGGGUCGGCGGUGCCAGCGGCGGCCUGGGGGACGAGGCGGAACCGCUGACCAAGCGGCACAUAGACGGCAUCUUCACGGACAGCUACAGCCGCUACCGGAAACAAAUGGCUGUCAAGAAAUACUUAGCAGCCGUCCUGGGGAAAAGGUAUAAACAAAGAGUUAAAAACAAAGGACGCCGAGUAGCGUAUUUGUAGCGAUGAGUAACCAGCCACUCCUGUGUAUACAAAGUCCUAAGAGAGAGAGAGAGAGAGAGAGAGAGAGAGAGAAACCCAACAACAACAAAAAAUCUAAACAAAAACAAAAGUCAUUUCCAAACUGACUGAACAAUCACCGCUCCUGUGUUAUCUAAACAUGUAUUUAUGUAUGAAGUAAAGCCAUUAAAUGAA